GAAGCUGUAAAUAUCCGCGAGAUUUACAACGCCAGCGAGCCGCGACUUCGGUAUCGGUAUCAGUAUCGUUUGGCUGACUUCGAUUCGUACUCGGAAUCGGCAUCGGCAGCGGCAUCAGGCUGGGGGUAUCGCUAUUGAGCGCAGCGCAUCAUUCGGCCAGCAAUUCGCCAAUGCAGAUACUGUAUCUGCAGGCAGCAGCUACUAAAAUUGAAGAGCCAAAAGCUAAAAUACCCAUAUACAUACUCGUACACCGCGGUCGUCGUCGUCGUGCUCCACUUGUGCCCAUUGUUGGUUCUGCUGUCACCGUAACUCACAAUUGAAUUGUUCCUUUGUUCUGUCCCGUCCAGAAAGAGACCCGCUGCCGAAUUUCGCAUAAUUGGCUGGCUUUUAAGUUGGCCGCCAGACCAAGUGUCGCCGGUAAAAAGAUACAUCUACAGAUAGAUCGUGGUACUUUUGGUACUUUUGGAGCUUGGUGGAACUCGAACUGAGUACCAUGCUGGUGCCGCCGGACAUGAUGGCCGCCCAGACGCGCAUGGUCUACCAGAUGAAUCGAUUCUGCGCGGAGAGGGUUCAGGCCAGGAUGUUCAAGACGGCCACCGCCAUCCGGGAGAUCUGCAAGAUCGUCCAGGACAUCCUCAAAGAGGUGGAGCUGCAGGAGCCGCGAUUCAUCUCCAGCCUCGUCGAGUGCAAUGGCAGAUUCGAGGGCGUGGAAGUGAUAUCCCCGAAUGAAUUCGAGAUAGUGCUGUAUCUGAAUCAAAUGGGUGUUUUCAACUUCGUGGACGAUGGCACCUUGCCGGGAUGUGCUGUUCUGAAGCUGAGCGAUGGAAGGAAGAGGUCCAUGUCCCUCUGGGUAGAGUUCAUCACGGCCAGUGGUUAUUUGUCCUCCCGGAAGAUCCGUGCCCGUUUCCAGACUCUGGUGGCCCAGGCGUGCGACAAAAGUGUCUACCGCGACAUGGUCAAAAUGGUGGGCGACACCAGCGAGGUGAAGUUGCGCAUCCGGGAGCGAUUCGUUGUUCAGAUCACGCCGGCAUUUAAGUGCUCAGGCAUUUGGCCAAGAUCGGCGGCCCACUGGCCGGUACCACAUCUGCCGUGGCCACAUCCCAACAUCGUGGCGGAGGUCAAGACGGAGGGAUUCGAUCUUCUGUCCAAGGAGAGCGUCGUCAUGCAGAACAAGAACAACAAUGCCGCCAGCAUGGAGGGCGAUGCCUGGGUGCUCAGCUUCUUCGAGGCCGAAAACCGUCUGCUGCAAGGUGGCUGCCGCCGGCGUUGUCUGAGCAUGCUGAAGACCCUGAGGGACAGGCAUCUGGAUUUACCUGGCAAUCCCAUCAGUGCGUACCACCUGAAGAACCUGCUGCUCUACGAGUGCGAGAAGCAUCCGCGGGACUUUGAGUGGGACGAGGGCUGCAUCGCUGACCGCAUCAAUGGGAUAUUCCUGCAGCUGAUAUCCUGUCUGCAGUACCGUCGGUGUCCCCACUACUUCCUUCCCGCACUGGACAUGUUCAAGGGGAAAUCCCCCAGUGCUUUGGAGCAGGCGGCCAAGCAGGUGUGGCGCUUGACCCGCGAACUCCUCACAAAUGCCAACGCCUUUGAAAAGUUGUAAGGUGUGAGGGGUUAGAGGUCACGAUGGGUCGAUUAUGGCGAUGGCAUUUUUGGCAGGAUUUUAAAAUUAUUAACCGCACUCAUAGAGUGAUUAUUGUUCUUAUUUUCUUACUCGUUAGAUUAGAUGCCUUUGCUCCAUUCACAUAUUCUUGAUUUAACCAACUUCUUCUUGCAGUCACGCAAAUAUCGACCCAUCCGAAGUGGGUGAGUGCUGAUGUGUAUGAGGUGCCAGGCCAGCCGGAGAUGAAAGAUAUAUAUGCGAAUAAAAUACAUACGCAUAAGCACAGCUCCUUGGCGGCCAUUUUGUGCCAUGUCCGUGUGCCUGUGACUGUCUGCGUGCCUGCGCGUGAGUGUGUGUGUGCGUGUGCGAAAGUGUUAAUGCGAAGAUGCGAGAUAAGUCCACUCCCCAUUCGACUCGACUCGAGUCGAUGCGAUUCGAGAUAUAUAUCUGCCCAUCCAGGCGAUCCGGCUAAGCCUCGAAUAUUGUUUUUAAUAACUCGCCCCUCGACGCUCACGACACAUCCUUUGUUUGGCCGGCGAACAAUGGACUCGCCGGUUCGCAAGUCCGGAUGGUAAAAUCGCAAAAUCGAGAGAAUGAAAAAAGAGCAUUUGUCCAGGCGGCUCCUUUUACACGGUGGCUAUACACACUCGACGUAUACGAUUGUUUCACUGUUCGCAGAUCCUAGAUCAAAGCAAAACGAAACACAAAAAAUAUAUAAUAUAUACAUAAAGUGCAAGAACAGAGGGAGAUAGAGAUUCCAUUGAUCGUUCCAAGUCCAACUUAACAUUGUUUUUUUUACUACUUAUAUACACAUAUUUAUGUAUGUCGAUGUCUAUUAUGCGAUGCCUAACAUUUACCACGAUUAUCCGCAGUUUGUUUUAAGUACAACAUAAUCCUAGAUUGCUAAAGUAAAAAAUGUUUGAAUAAAUUCAAGGAUAGCCAAAGGCAA